GGUCUCCUUCUGCCGUCGGGGGUGCUGGGCCGCUGGGGCUGGGGCUCAUGUCCGGGGCACCCUCUCUCCCAUUGCUUGUCCUUCCCAACCCACCUGCCUGGGUGUUCACGUUCCUCUACCCUGAACAGGAGGUGAUUUAACAGGCUUUGGCGGAAGGAAGCGUCUGUAUGGGAGAGACAGGGUGUGGGAGAGCCAUGAGGCCUGGAGGAGGCGUUUCUGCACCAGCAGGUCAAUUUAAGGGCCAGACUUGAGCCCUGGGAGGCUUCAGUGGACACCAGGGCUCUGAGGGGCAAAAGCAGGGGCUGUUGGGCCCUGCAGCAUGUUGGGUCCGCAGAGGAGGGCUCUGCCCUGGGCACUGUCACUGCUCCUCAUGGGCCUCCAGCUGCUGGUGACCUACGCCUGGUGUUCCGAAGAGGAAAUGCGUAGUGAUAAUAAAAUGGUCCAGGAUCCUAUGUUCCUGGCCACAGUGGAGUUUGCCUUGAACACUUUCAACAUGCAGAGCAAGGAGGAGCAUGCCUACAGGCUGUUGCACAUCCUGAGUUCGUGGAGGGAGAAUAGCAAUGAGAGAAAGUGGCGAGGUAAGAUGGCGUUCUCCAUGAAUCUGCAACUGCGCCAAACCGUAUGUAGGAAAUUCGAAGAUGACAUUGAAAACUGCCCUUUUCAAGAAAGCCCCGAGCUGAACAAUGUAAGACAGGGCACCAGCUUCUCUCAUGUCCACAGCUGAGGAUGUUGCGUGGGAUGUGGUGUGGGCACAGGAGCAGCUGAUAAAGCCAUUCUGAGGGACAAAGGCAAGUGAGCCCACAGCAGGCUCUACCAGGCUGCCUUGCCUGUGCCUUAGUGGGGAGCCGUGAGGCAGGAAGCCUAGGGGUCUCCUUCACUUUCAGGCUCCUGGCCAAUCUGGGUUUCCUUACUUUGCCCUCUGACACCAUUGCAGCUGCCUGCACGUGGGCCACGUGGCCUUCAGAACCUUCUCUCUGGUCUUCCUCUCUACUUCUUCCCUGUCUUCUAGAGAAAGAUCCUGGAAACAGUGGUGACAAUGUCUGUGAGUGCUAUUCUCAGGGUUUUCCUACCCUGCCCUAGGCUCAAAAGCGGUGGAGGCUGAGAAGAAGCCCCCCUGCCUCACUCUCAGGCCCUGCUGAGCUGCAGCACCUGCUCUAGGGGACAAGCGCCAAGCGAAGCCUGGCUCUGGGAAAACUCUUCUCAUUCUUAGUCAGCCCCCUUACUGUAAGAUGAACAAAUAGGUAGCUAGUGGCCUCAGCCUGGGAAUGCUUCCACGGGGACAAAGCGUUCUCCUGCUGCUCUUGGGUGCAGAGAUCACAUAGGGACAUCCUGGGGUUCCGCUAAGGGCCACUGGCUGGAGGAGGAGGCAUGGCACAGGUGACCCUGGCUAAGGAGGGAGCCUCAAAUCAUAAUGCGAUUCAGGGUUGGCGUCAGGCUCAGGCUAGACCUGAAGGCUGGAGCCAUGUGGCUCAAUUGCUGGCCCCGGGAAUGGGCAAGGUGGCGAUGGAACCCGUGUUGAGAGGGGAUGCCACGAGAUCCCCAAACCUCCCCCACCCUGGCCCUGCUGCCUCUUCCUGUGCUUGUUC